CCGGAUGGAACGAGUCAGACGAACGGCGUGCACUUAAACGUUCACAACGCGUAUUUUUGGCGGGCUUUUGCGAAGAUAUUUUGACGGCGUGACAGUGCGGCAUAUGGUUCAAGACAGCUGGACGUUUGUUUCAGUAUCGCUUCUUAUUUGCAGUUUGACAACAUCUUUAUUACAGAAUUCCCGAACGAAAUUCUUAAGCUGUCACUGCUUGGAAAGACCGGAAUACCGUCCUAAAACGAAGCAGCAAUAUUAUCACCAUGGCCUCUACCGAUUCCUCGACGCGUUUCCAGGUGCUGAGUUUCGAGCAAGUCAGCCGACUGGACCACGUACUGCGGGACACCAUGACCGUGCACGGUAGGGGUAACUUUCCAACUUUGGACAUAAAUCUUUUGGAAUUAAUCGAUGUGGUGCGGGAGAAACUUGAAGACGGGGGUGUUCAAGUUAGAGGGGUCAGGCUGAACGGUGGGGCGGCCAGCCACAUUCUCUGCGCCUCGGAACACCAGUCUUACAACGAUGUCGAUCUGAUUUUCGGAGUCGACUUGUCUCGGACUGAGAACACUCACAUCAUCAAGGAGGCAGUCUUCACCUCCUUGCUGAACUUUCUGCCCGAGGGAGUCAGCAAGGCCAAGAUGAGCUCCUGUACCUUGCAGGAGGCUUACGUCCAGAAGAUGGUCAAGAUCUACACCGAGAAUGACCGCUGGAGCCUCAUCUCCCUCUCCAACCACACGGGCAAGAACGUGGAACUCAAGUUUGUCGACCGGAUGAGGCGUCAGUUUGAAUUCAGUGUGGAUUCAUUCCAGAUCAUCCUGGACUCCCUCCUCUUCUUCUACAAGCUGUCUGAAAUCCCCAUGAACUCCAAUUUCUACCCGACAGUCAUCGGAGAGAGCGUGUUUGGAAACUUCGACGAGGCGCUGUACCAUCUCAACAACAAGCUGAUCGCGACGCGGAAUCCAGAGGAGAUACGCGGAGGCGGGCUCCUGAAGUACUGCAACCUCCUGGUCCGGAAAUACCUCCCAGCUAGCCGCGAGGAGAUCAAGAUCCUGGAGAGAUACAUGUGCUCGCGGUUUUUCAUCGACUUCAGCGAGCUGCCUCAGCAGCAGCAGAAGCUGGAGAGCUACCUGAAUGACCACUUUGUCGGGGACAACAUCAGUAAAUACGAGUAUCUGAUGAUCUUGCACAAAGUGGUGGACUGCAGCACGGUCUGCCUCAUGGGACACGAGAGGAGGCAGACGCUGACCCUCAUCGCCGACUUGGCGCAAGAGGUUCAGCGAUCGCUGGCCUUCCAGCACCAGCAACAACAUCGGCCGCAGGUGUUCAGCAGCCUGCGACAGCAGCAGCAUUUCCACCAGUACCACAACAGCAACAACCACCACCAUCAGCACCAUCGCCAGCUGGCAGCCCCCACGAUGCACCACCACCGACACCAGCCGUUUAUUCAGUACAACUACAAGCAGGGAGGCUACUACCCAUCUAACGCCUACUACGGUCACAAGGCCACUCACCAUAACGGCUACACAAACUAUAACACCAAUCUGAUGCAUGCUUACUAAAGCAAAGGCGUUACUGCCUAACACCCCUCUACCAGUAAACUCAUGUGUAUUGUGGAUACAAUGGACAAAAGAGGUGAAAAACUAAAAUACCAAUCACCAUGGAAACCUGACUUGCCAACACCUUCGUGGAAGGAUGUAACUGAUUUCAAUUUCUUCCAAGAUUGGACCUACAUGUAUCUGUACAUUUUAAAAGUAUUAAAAAACAAGUGCCGACAUAAUAUGUGUUAAAAAGAUCCACAAAAACAGCAAUCUUGUAUCUUUACAUUUCGGUUCCAUGUUAUGCAUUCCAAUUUGUUGCUUCUUUUUUUGUGAACAGAAACUUAUACACUGUUCUUAUGCUCUGAUGGUGUUUGAUUGUGUAGACACAGAAUGCAUUGAAAAGUUUGGCAUUGAAGUUUGAAACAGGAUGCAGUUAAAUCCUUCCGAAAGGUGCUCAAAGUGUGUGACAUAGGAAAGUUGAAAAGAAAAUUGUAUUUUACUCGGACGAAGGGAGCCUAAAACUCUGCUAAAUCUUACUUAUCUCGAGUGCUUACUGCAAUGACAAUAGAUCUUCCUUACUUGCAAAAAAGAAAAACUUAUCAAAAAUUGUAUAAAUUGUAAAUUGUCUUUUGAAAAAAAAAGGAAAAAAUUGUUUUGUUUUUAAGUCAAAAGUUAAGUGUUUUCCGUUUUGGAAUGCUUGGGACCUUUUUUUGUGGCUUGUGGUGAUUACGCAAUCCUUCUAUAAAUAGAUAUCUUGACCUUUGAUGUGUUCAGUGUCCAAAGUUUGAAGGUCCCAAUUGUUUGGGGAACAUGUAGUUCCGUCUAUCGGACAGGGAAAAAUACAGAAAUCUGCAAAUUUUGCAAAUAGCAAGCAUCAAUCAGGUUUUUUUUUUAAGUAUAGGUUAAAAUUAAACACGAUUUCGUUUCAUGGAUCAUGCCUGCAGGGGUGAAAGCUAUAGCGGCCCAAAAAAAGUCCCUGUGCGCAUUUUCAAAGUUUGAUUUUAUGCUAAAGGCCAAAACAAAAAAUUGUUUUCACUAAUUCAAAACUUACAAAAAAACAUGCUUUUUAAAGUUGCUUGUCCAUUGCCAGGUUUUAGUUCACUUGAACAAUUGUUGCUAUCAGAAGCUGGAGUAGAGUGACAAUAUCUUUGUAAAGUUGUAUUGUUUGCUUUUACUUUGUUUUGGCUGUGAAAAUUAGUUAAACUGUCUUGGUCAUUCAGAAUUCGUGAGAUAUUGUAAAUUUUAAAUUUACAGAUAUUGAGAUAUAACUGAAGCAUCGCCAAUGCACAAAAAGUACCAGGGUUCAUGUUGUGUAUUUAAAAUGUAACAACUUUUACACGGUAUGAACUACGCCUGAAAAUGUUCCAAUAAGGAUACAAAAUGCUGUUCUGUAUGUUUGUUUAAGUUGGCUUCUUGUGGUGCUGUUUUGUGGAAAACAAGUUUCUGCAUACAAAUUUUUAAAAAAUGGUCCAAAGUUAAGAAUAGAGUGUUUCAAAGACAUGCAUGUAACUUACUUGAGCUUACAAGUCCAGAAACACUUCAGUGGCCUAAAUUUCGUCACAAGAUUAUUUUCCUUCAAAUACGUGCAUACACAAAGUGAAACAAUUUUGUCGUUUGUGUACAGCGCUGGCCUUUCCAUUCAAAUGAUCCAUUCCUAUAUCAUCACAGGCAGUUCGUUUUACAGAAAGAAAUUGUAAUGUGUUUUCUUAAAUUUAUUCUUAGGUGUGUUUAUAAAGUUAAGUGGUUGUCUGUAAUUGACUGUCCUUUCGUCAAAAACCAAUUGGAAAAUUGUCAAGGUAGCACAAAACGUUGAGCUAGUGACUAGUGAGAGCCUAGACAGUGUGUACCCUUUCAAACUGGCCAAAUCUGUGUGGAUGCACAAACACAAAUGACUUUGUCCUUCAAAAUCCCCAGGUCUUUUGAGGAGUGGGUUGUUUUGUCAACUCAAAGCCCAUGCCCUUUGAUUUUUUUAAACCAAAAAUCCAUUACUUCCGGCAUUUAACUUGAUAAGCUGUCUUUUUUCUCAACUGCAUACUAAAAGCAUUUUGCGUUUGACGCCUCAAACCAAAGCCAACCGUUCCCGAGCGUAAAUGGUAUUCAACUGAUACAAACUUUUCUAAGUAAAGUAGUCGAUCACAGUGUCAAAAUCUUGUUCGAUUUUGCUUCUUUGUCCUCAAUUACAAUGGUUUCUUUUCGCAACUUUAAAAGUGAAAUAUGAAGUAAAACAUAUUUUUUAUCAGCUAGGAUUGGCCUUGGGCUGUCACUGUUGGUAUGCAGUUGAUCUCACAACUGUUUUUUUUUGUGCUGCUUAUGCUACUCUGUUCAAUCGCUUUAAUAUUCAAUGCUCGUUAAUUUUUUUUCAACUUUCUACAGUUUUUAUGUCCAAUAUUAAGGCUCUUAAUCUGCUACAGUACAGAUCCCAGAUGGACUCGUUAAAAACAUUGAAAAAUAUUCAAGUAACAAAUCCUUGAAUUUGAAAACCCAUCCAACCCAAAAAUUUGCAAGGUUGUUAAUUACAUUAUUCAAGUUUAAAUUGGUCUGUUCUUUUUUCUUCUUUUUUACCUGACAAACGCCUGUAGAAAACGUUUCAUAGCUGGGCAGUUUGUACCUGCUGUUUCAAAUAAAAAACACCCACACCGUGUCACGGUGUGGUGUGGACCAACUCAUCCGUCACAAAAAACUCGCUGGAUCGGAAAUGAUCUGCAAGGCGGCAGACAUUUAUUACUGCAUGUAUUUCCUCGCUUCAGGAGAUUCCAGCAUUUUCUGUUGGUGGGUGAUGUUCCACUGCAAAUUGAGUGCGAAAAAAAUUGAGCGUGAAACAUUUGGAUUCAUUAGCCUGGUGGUGUUUUGAUCAAGUUUCGCUCAUGCGGUGAAUUAGUAGCACAGUCGUGUCCGCGAGAAGAUUCAAGUCGGGUUUCGUUUUGUGACAAAUGUGUAUGCAAGACAUUCAAGUAAUAUGGCAAGAAAUACUCAUUAGGUUUCACUUUUGUCAAAAAAAAAAAUUGAUUACCAAGUAAUAAGGUCAUAACUAGCAGGUAAAGAACCUGAUGGUCUUAUCUUAUAAAUAUUCGAAGAUUGGCAAUUUACAUAAUACCCUGACCGGUUAUAUGCAAAUUGAAGUGGAAUAUCUUUGCCCACACAAUGGGUUCAAUUGACGUAUGUGGACAGAUGAUCAUAUUAUUUGCACACAAUUUAGGAGAAAAGUUUAGUGCUCAUUUGAGCUACCUUGCUUAGUCGGUGAUGGUUGAUGUUAAUUUUGUCAUGAAAUCUUGUUUACAUUUAUCCGGUUAGCUGGAGUGGAACAGCAAGUAAUGCAUUUUCUGUCUUGUAGUCGGAUGGCUAAGUAGCACCACUGGACACACUACAUUUUCCAUGUCCCCACCAGAGCAAGCUGGAAAACAAAUUUAUCAUCACCCAAACUUUAAUAACUCUUUAUUAACUGGGCAUGCGGUCUUGGGAUGCUGUUUCUAAAAGUGCGCAUGAGAACAGAGCACAUGCAUAUAGAUUUUGUACUGCACAAUAUAUCUGAUGUUCUCAGAUGAUUUGACCAAUCAGCAAGAAAGAGAAGAGGACUGAACAAAAGUUUUCUUGAAGGCAUCUUACACUUUUUGAUUUAUGUGAAGUUAAGAACCCUGAACUUACAUGAUAUAUGUUUUUACGUUUCACGUUCUUAUGUUUCACAGUGUCGAGGGCAAGCAUGUUAAAAUAUUCGUCUAGGUUACUGCACUUGCAAUUUGGUUGACCUUCGAAAGGAAUACUUUCUGACAUUGUAUAUUUUGUUUCGUUCUGUGGUGUGGUUUACCCGCAGUUUGAAUUCCGUGGAUGGAUUAUGCAUGCUGUUUCUCAUUAGAUCCCUGGGUCGUAAACAAAAAAAUUCAAUUUCAUGCUUGUAUUGUUUUCCUGCUGGGAAUGCAGUUUCGCCAAACGAAUUUGUUUAAAUCUUUGUUGGAACGUUUAAUGCAUUUAUAGAAAUUCCAAUUGUACCUGUACAUUAAUGCUUUCUCGGCACCGAAUCGAACACUUGUUGCAAAAAUGAUUGAUCUUUGCCGUAUAUAUGCGUCACAACUCAAAUUCUCCAAACUUACCCUAUUUUAUUCGAAAAAUCAAUUUCCACAUGUCAAUGGUCUAUUGUUAGCUACCAUUCAUAACUAUGGUUGUGCAGGGUAGAAAUGACGCAUGGAACAGGUUAUGAGACCGACAUCAAUAGUGUAACACCGUUGCAAUUGUGUCCUGCGCAAAUCUGGGCUGCAGCGAUCAAUUUUUGCAACACGUGUGCCGCCCGAUUCCGUAUUUAAACAGUAAACAUAUGCUGAUAUAUAUGUAAGGUCAACUUCUCUUAAUACAAACUCAACCGGACCAAUCCAAAAUGUUUGUUUUAUCAGUGCUUGUCCCAUUCAUUGUGCACAUAAAUGCACAGUUGGAAUGAAGGCUUUCACUUUAACCAGUAACAGAGUCUGUAUACCAGUGUAAAAGCACACUAGGUACAUAAAUAUUCAACCUUUUUAACUGCAAACUGAGGUGUCCACUUACAAUUUCAAAAAUAUCAAGGGACGCACUGUGAAUUGAAUAACAGCAGCCAAGGUCAUGCUAGAGGUCAGAGGUUACAAGGCUGACCUCCCCAGCAGUAAUGGCACUUCCUUGCUAAUCCCAUUGGAUUUCCCUGUAAAAGGGUGUUUGUUGCACUCCUGCCCUGGUAAAACUUGAACAUGCGUCCUUGCCCUAGGAUACAGCAUUGUAGUGUAUACAUUUUCAUAUUUGACUAAUUUCAGUUCAUUGCAAUCCAUUGUGGUGAAACUUGAAUUCUUGCACAAAAUUUUGGUAUGAAUCAUUGAAUAGACCAGGCUGUUCUUGUUGGCUUUUCUGGAAAAAUCCUGCAAGGAAUUUUCUUUUGGUGUUAACUGAACUGAAACACUCCUUUGUUUGCCCGACUAGAAAAGUCUGGCAAGAACUUUUGCUUUGAGCUGAGCAGGCUUGAUGUAUUUGCUUUGCCAGAAAUAUUCUGUCAAAAAGUUUUGAAUGUAGUGUGAACAAGUGUGUUAGUGUUUGCCAUGCCAGAAGAAAAAAUCCUGCAAGAUCUUCUAGAAAAUAUUGUAUUUGUAAAACUUCUUAAAUAAUAAACCUUUCAGUUUCUGGUCCUGAAAUUUCCAUCUUGUGUAACUGUUAUGAAAGCAAUAGGGUGAACAUUAUACAAGUUUCGAUCCAAUGAGUAAUGUUCAUAACAUGGUGUUCAGUACGUGGUCCCCCAGUAUCGGUAUACGACCAUGGAGGUUAGUGUUCAUUGUACAUGCGUGUAUGUAUGCAGUUGUGUAAGAGACGUACAUGUACUACCGUUUGUUAAAAAUAUUUUAAAUUAAACUGCUUAGCAGCACUGUUAUCAGAUAUCACAGAUUGCAAUGCAGUUCGGUUUAUUUGCUUAAGUGUUUUGGGAAAUCCAAGUUAUCGGAGAGGUCAAAGGUCGUUUCCAUUACUAAUGAUGUUUGCCACUUUGUCGUUUUCAGCUGUAAGGAGUUUUACUCGAAAGUAUAAACAAAAACGAGUCGGAAAACAAGCCAAUUUUAAUGCAUUUGCUCAUUUUGCUUACGCAGUGUAUGUGUCUAGUUAAAGAGGCAACGUGAAAAAAAGUGUUUCACAUUGUAAUUACGCUUUGCAGCUUUAUUUGCUACGCAAAAAAAAAUGGCCGAAAUUCAGUCUGAAGUAAAAUCCAUCUCUUUGUAUUUUGGCUUUUGUCCCGUUUUUUUUUCAGUAGGUUAAACAAGAAAAUCUUAUUAACUCAAAAGUAAAAAAAAAAAAAGGCAAAAAAAUAGUAUUUCCUUCUUAAACUGUUCCAUUGCCAUUUUGUGCCUCUUUAAAUAAUACCGACUUACUUGCAUGUAUCUUAUUGCUUAAAGGAACUUUCAUUUUCAAAGAUUGUUUGGUUGAUAACCCCAGUUCUUUUCGUUUUAUUUCCUCCUUAAAAAAAGUAUUUUAGCCUUGUAAGACUCCAUUUGACGUUACUAAGUUAUUAAGUGAAAUAAACAUAAAUAAAUUAGCAAUAUUGAAACUGCUGCAGGUUACAAAUGUAACUCUGACAUUUCAUUUAACCUUUUGUGAAAUUUUAAAAUUGCGAAAAUGAACUUGUUCAAGUGAAUGCUUUCGAAGGAUCUGAAUGAUGGAUUUUUCUUUUUUAUUAUCAACACUUGUAUUUUGAAUUAACUUAAGUCAGCAUUUGCAUAAAAAAAGUGACCAAAUUGUUAACGUGAUUGUCCUUGGUAGAUAGGGCACAAUGUCAGGCGGUUGUCAAUAUUUGUAGCUCAUCGGAAAAAAAUAGCUGUUGGUUAUGAAAAUAUGUGAAAUAUUGGCAUAAUGCCAACAAGAUAAAUAUGCAUAUUGGAACUCUUUUAUUGUACAAAAUUUCCAUAACAAGUCUGUAUUGAAUGUAUGAAAAAUAUGACAAGAGUCAACAACUGGGUAUUAAGUUUGGAUUUUUUUUUAAUUAUUUUUUUAUUUUUUUUGUUUCUGGAUGGUGAGAAACAUUUGUUCAUCUUGAGCUCCUGGAUGGCCCAAGAAACAAACCUCAAGAUUUGUAUGGCCAAGUGAAAGUAUCAUUGAACAGGCUAUGAAAUUAUUUUGUUUUUUUAUAUUUUUCAGAUCGAAUUAUUUUAUUUUAUUCAUACUUUGCGUGAUGUUUACCAUUUAAGACAAUCCAAUCUGAUGCAAGAAAUGGUCAAUUUAGUUCUCUUCUUUGAGUCCUUAACAAAAAAGUUUUAUUUUUGACUUGAAAAUUCACUAGUAAGUAAACUGAUAUUUUAAUGGAAACAGUUGGUGUUUGCAUCUCUUUUUUGUGCUUAAAAAGUCAAGUUAUGGAGUAAUUGUUUAAUGAUAUUGUAUUUAAUUAGCUGUAAGGGUUAAUUUUGUGUGUUUAACAAAAACAAAACCACAAAUUAGAAUAACUUAUCAGCACAACUCUUUCCACAUUGGAAAUAUGUCACGUCAUUUUUAUUGUUCAUUAAAUCAAUCUUGGUUGUAUAUAUGCCUGCAAAAAGGUUCAUUUAAAUCCAGUUUGUUAAUAGACUUUCACAAACAUGGUAAUGACUUUGCUUUGGGUUUUAUACCUGGAUGCAAAAUUCUGAUCCAUGUUUCACAUCAAAAAUCUGGCAGAAAACGCUCUCGAAUUUAAGUUUAUGAACAGAAAAAUAUAUAUUGUAAUAAAACCAUAUAUAUUGUAAUAAAAAAGAAAGGAAAAAAGUGA